AUGGUUCCUGGGCUCCCAGGCAAGGUGGACUGGCAACUCUUUGCCCACUAUGGAGGCCCGCUCUGGACGAUGCAGGCGCUCGUGCUCGUGGACCGGUCUAUGGGCCGAUUCCGACAGGCGCUGGAGCUCACGGCCGAGGAUUGCCAGUGGCGGAGCAAGACCGGCGACGAGGAAGACUUCCGGGCAGUGAAGAAAGGGGGCCAUGCUCGCUCCAUGUCCUUGCUGGAAGGCGAGAACUUCGUCACGGGCUUCCAGUACUUCAACCCGAAGAAGAUCGGGCUCCGCAUGAGCACGCAGAGCGGCCACGAGGACAAGCUGAUCCUGAACACUGUCUGCAACGCCUUCGGCAUCAACAUGCGGAUCUCGAUGAGAAACCCAGACGAGUGGAAGUAUGUGAAGGGCCAGAUUGAGGUCGGGAACGGAAAGGGCCAGAAGAAGUAUGCACAUCCGCACGGCUGGGCUUCCGUAGGUGGAAGCUCUGAGGCCGCAUCCUUCCUGCUGCAGCUGCCGUCGGCGCAGGCCAAGUUCAACUUGCUCUCUGCGUGCGAAGACGAUGCCAAAACCAAGGCGAAGAAGAUCUGCGUCAAGCACCUGGGAAAGCACGCCGAGGCGGAUGUCCUGGAGGACUGCAUCUUUGAUGUCUGCAGGGGUGGUGAAGAUUUUGCUGCUGCGGCAGCAGAGCUGCUAGCCGCCUGA